CCUCGAACAUAGGUAUAAAUCCUCGCCCCCCAACCACCUUGCACCAACCAACCAAGCUACCUGGCCUAUAUCGUAUCUCACGGUCCCCCAGUUCCCUUCUCCCACCCCUUCUUUUCCCAGCCAAGCAUACGUCCAGUAUAUUUGCGAUGGCAGUCUUGCUGAAGCUGUUUCAGACAUUCCUCUAUGCCGUGGAGUUCUGCUGCGCUGGCAUAAUCCUCGGCAUCUACUCCUACUUCCUUUCAGUUCUCGCCGAUCGGAAUCUCCAUAUCCCAACAUGGGAGAAGGCGGUUGAGGGCCUUUCAGGCGCUGCUGUUCUCUACCUCAUCUUCGCCGUCCUCCUCACCUGCUUUCUGGGAGGAAAGACUUUCUUCGCAUUCAUUGCCGUUCUCCUCGAUAUUCUCUUCUGUGGCGCCUUCGUUGCCAUUGCAGUCAUGACCCGCCACGGCGCGCACAGCUGCAGCGGAAAUGUCAAUACCCCUCUUGGAACCGGCCAAUCGAGCUCAAAGAACGGGUUCGGUCCAAACGGCUUCGGCAACAAGCAUAACGAUUCCAGCAACGUCACUUACGCUGUCAGCCUCGGCACAGCUUGCCGUCUUAAUACUGCUUGUUUCGCUGUCGCGAUCCUCGGAGCCCUUCUCUUCCUGAUCUCUGCCCUCGUUCAGGUCUUCCUUGCUCGCAAGCACAAGAAGGACAAGCGUUACGGACCCAGCCCAUCCAAUAACUACACUUCCGGAAGCGGCGGCCGCCGCAAAUUCUGGCAGCGCAAGCCCAAGAACACCGUUGCCCGCGAUUCUGAGCUCGGAACUGUCGGUGCUGGUGUCCCUGCUGGCCUCAUGGCCGACAAGCACGAUGUGCGCCCAUCCCACGAGACUGGCUACACCGGCUCCACCGUUGCCCCAGCUGCUCCUCACGAGAACGGCCACAAGGUCGGCGGGUAUCACACCGCUCCCACCGGGGGCGCUGUCAAUCCGUACGGCUACGAUAACACCCACGCUACCCCUGCCACCAACUACUAAGACGGCCGUCAAUAGGGGUGCUAAGUCUGGCUGAUGAUUCCUAGAUGGAUUUUCCUUUGUUCUAUACGUUUUUACGCAUUAUACCACGAAAAAGCAGCGCGCGACGUGGCGCUGAUGUCUGCAUAGUCGGAGAAUGGGAGUUCUUUUAGCACGAAGUGUAUGAUAGUAGAGAGCAGAAUUACCGCAUUUAAUACUUAG